AUGAAAACUGAAGCAUUGGAGACCACUUAUGGUGAAGAAGAGGCAAAUCAGAAGGAUAUGUUUCAUUGUGAAAGUCCAGUGUUUAGCAUAUCAUCAAGACUCCUUAGUGAUAAUAAGUUAUAUAAAAAAAGACUGAAAAAGAUAAAAAAAGAGUCAAAAGAUGCAGUUGACAUAAAAGCAUUAUUGAAGAAGAUUAAGCACUUUGCUACAACAGAAGAUGAAGCUAUUCAUCAUAUUAAAAGUGCAAGAUCAAGAAUACUCAAUAAAACAGUGAUAUUAAAUAUAGGUAUAGUUUCUAUAAAAGAUCAGAUUUUAGGAACAAGUCCAAUUGAAGACAAGAAAUCUAUAUUACAGAACAAGAAAGAGACAGACAAUAUAGCACAGAAUGUGAAAGGCAUAAUGCAUUCACAUGUUAUAAUUGCGAUGGAUUGGAACACUAUGCAAAUAAUUGUGUUUCAAGAUCAGACAGACAGUCUUUUAAAAAAAAGCCAAGUAAGCCUUGAAAAACAAGACAAGUUGUGCAAAGUAGGAAUUACAGCUGACUAUCCUUGGGCCUCACAACAAUUAGAAGUAGGAAAUCGAAUGGCAAGCAAAGUUACCACUCACCUUUUAAGGUUCAAUUCACAUUGGCAAUGCCCAACUACAGAAGCUGUCAAUUGUUUUACACAAGAUUGA